AUGGCUUCUUAUCUUUCGUACUUCACAUCAAAUUCAUCGAGCGCACCCCCAACGUCCCACUCCUCAACUACACCCAACUCUAAUUCGACAUGGUCAAGUACCUUCUCCUCCAGAUUCGCAAAUCUACGCAAGGCUUUAACGAAGGAUUCUGAGGAAGAUGAUCCUGACAACGAGGACUGCUCACAUAUCUCAAAUGUCCUCCGGGCUUAUUACGCUGAGAAAGGCCGCCCCUUGCCUGAAUGGCUCCCUCCUGAUCCCAAAAAGCCUGUUGCUGCUCCUCAGCUUCAAGGCUCGUAUGGGCAGUAUGGGAAUGUCUACGGCUCACAAUUCAACAACCAGCAAGUGCACUCGAGAGGAUCAUCGGGUGGGAGAGGAGGUGGACUCUCAGAUCUCUGGGAUUCUGCGCCUGCAUCAGCUGCGCCUCCUGGCCAAAGUCUCAGAGCUGCCCGCCCGACACCACAUUCUCUACGCUCGAACGAUUCAGCGAGAUCACAUUCCAGUGGCAGCAGUCAAACAGCAUCCUUCGGGGCGGCGGCGCCGAUUGCCCGACCGCUUCCCAGUCAAAGAGCAGGAAGUUACCAAACAAACCCCACUGCAAAUGCCCAGGCUUUGGGAUCUCGAGACAGGUUGCGGGCUCGAUUACAAGGAGGCAGCAGUGGUAGAAGCAGUCCAGCGGGAGCUAUGAGCGGAGGUCAAUCGUCCCAUGGCUCCUCGGGCGGAAACCUAAGUACUCAAGAUCGCAGUGGAUCAACGCAGCCCUAUGUUUCAGCUUCACAGCCCUGGGAAACGGGCGGCGAGGCAUAUGGGUACAAUGGUGGCUACAACAGUGCAGGUCUUCCAUCUUCGCCUUAUGGCAACCAAGACCGUCGACAGCGCCCUGGAGGCCCGAGAUGA